AUGAAGCUCUCCAUGACACUUUCCCUGUUUGCGGCCACCGCCAUGGGCCAGACGAUGUGCUCUCAGUAUGACAGUGCCUCGAGCCCCCCAUACUCGGUGAACCAGAACCUCUGGGGCGAAUACCAAGGCACUGGCAGCCAGUGUGUCUACGUCGACAAGCUUAGCAGCAGUGGUGCCUCAUGGCAUACCAAAUGGACCUGGAGUGGUGGCGAGGGAACAGUGAAAAGCUACUCUAACUCCGGCCUUACGUUUGACAAGAAGCUAGUCAGCGAUGUGUCAAGCAUUCCCACCUCGGUGACAUGGAGCCAGGACGACACCAAUGUCCAAGCCGAUGUCUCAUAUGAUCUGUUCACCGCGGCGAAUGCGGAUCAUGCCACUUCCAGCGGUGACUAUGAGCUUAUGAUUUGGCUUGCCCGCUACGGCUCAGUCCAGCCUAUUGGCAAGCAGAUUGCCACGGCCACUGUGGGAGGCAAGUCCUGGGAGGUGUGGUAUGGUACCAGCACCCAGGCCGGUGCGGAGCAGAAGACAUAUAGCUUCGUGGCAGGAUCUCCUAUCAAUUCGUGGAGUGGGGACAUCAAGGACUUCUUCAACUAUCUCACCCAGAACCAAGGCUUCCCGGCUAGCUCUCAGCAUUUGAUCACCCUGCAAUUUGGAACUGAGCCGUUCACCGGUGGCCCGGCAACCUUCACGGUUGACAACUGGACCGCUAGUGUCAACUAA